GCGGUGUUUCAUACUCCUCAUUGUUGACGACGGACCGAUUGAAGAUUUUGCAAUUUUUCAUCGAUUUUGUAUGAGUGCGAAAUAUCUUAUCGGGUUAUUAUAGACUCUCGGAGGGACCUGCUACUAUGAAGUAAUGGACUGCGUAUAUACUACGCCGAAAUGUCGUUGGGAGCGGUGACAGGCUUUAAGAUGGAGCACUUCAAUGCCCUGGAUCCUCGUAAACAAGAGCUCCUGGAGGCACGGAUUGGUGGCCGGGUAAUGGAACCCCCUUUUUUGGUUACCUCAGAUAUUGAAAGUGGUUUAGAAACGCCGAGAAAUGGUAAUUCCCACUGUAACCCCCAAGUACCUGUUCCACUCAGUCCGGGUGUGCAAGACACUUGCAAAACUGUUAUAGGUGUAGGGGAACAAGCGGCGUCCUCUUCUCUCGUAUCCAGGUUAGAUCCUCCAACAUGUAUGGCAUCAAAACAGCCAGUUCCUGUCUCGCCAACUUCGGUGCAGGCUAGCAUAGGUGGUCAGAGUCUUGGGAUGAAAAAAAGUUCUGGACAUUGUGGAACAAUACAGCCCAGUUUUGUCACUUACGGAUCUGAAAUAAAUGUUGGCUCCAAUAGACCGAGCCAAAGUCUUCCAGUUGUACAGUCCGGUAUAUCUACUUUUGGAGGCCAAGAAAGGCAAAUAGUGAGAUUAGAACAUUUGCAAGAAAGUGGUAGAGAGACGCAUGUUAAUCAGGUACUGGGUCUGUCUUACAAAUGCUGGGAUAGGAAUCAGGAAAUUAGCUACAGAAGCAACCAGAUUCCCACCUCUGCCAUGUUGUGUAGUGCAUCAGAAAGUAUACAAGUUGGGGUGCCUGAAUUGGAGGAUAACUCAAAGCCUUCAAACAAGAAAAUCCAAAAAUUUAGUAGUUUUUCUGGGACUCCUGACAUUCCUGUAACAGGAUGCUUGGAGCUCAGUCCUACAGGUGACUCCUCCAAGAAGUGUGUCAAGAAGAAUCCAAAAGCCAAGCGACACCUGACAUCCCCUAGGGGUGCACGAGGGAGUCCCAAACUGACUGGGGAGAUGGCCAGGGUCGGAGCUAGAGUGGACUCCCCUUUGCACCUGAGUCUUGAGACUGGCAGACUGGAGAAGGCGCACCUGGGUGGGAGUAAUCCCAGCACUCCCACUUCCACGCAGCCACCAACGUCUAUGUCCGGAUCUGUCUCUCAGCCUAUGCUAUUGGACAGACAAGAUUCUAACCUCAGCACUGGGUCUUCUGACAGAGAAGAAAGCACCAGUCCAGAUAAAGCCCAGCAGCGAAUCCUGAGCGACCGGAAAAGGAAACGGAAAAGUGGAUCACUCGGGUCACAAAAUGAUGAAGGAGGGGGGGCGGCGGCUCCUAAGAUGAACAGAGCCACGGAAGCUAAGAAAAUCAACGAUUAUAUUAAGCAGCAGCAGCAACAACAGCAGCAGCAGCAACAACAAGUUAAUUCUCCUCAUAGACACUCAGGAGCUAAAAGUCCCUCCCCACAGACACUUCUAAGUCAUAUGACUGGGCUCAGCGGGGGUUUAGGCGAUCCACUUGUUGGAUUAAUGCCUCCCCCUCGAGGUGUUCCUGUUACUCACCGCUCCACGCAGAGUGAUAUUACUUUUAGGCAGGUAGAAGAAAUGGAGAGUCGUGCGUCUAUGGACAUGGAGGCAAAAAAUUCAAGAAUUGAUAAUUUACAGUGUACAAAUGAAGAAUUAUCUCGACAGCUACAGACACAAAGUAAACUUCUUGAACAGAAACAAUUACAAAUUAAUAAAUGUAUCGAAGUAGUCAAGAAACUACAGAUUGAGAAAUCUAAUAUAGAGAAGAAGGAAGCAAGACAAAAAUGCAUGCAGAACCGUUUAAGGCUGGGGCAGUUUGUCACUCAGAGGGUAGGGGCCACCUUUCAGGAAAACUGGCAAGAUGGCUACGCUUUUCAGGAAAUAACCAAACGGCAAGAAGAACUCCAAGCAAAUAGAGAAGAAAUAGACCGGCAGCGAAAACUUUUAAUGAAACGUAAACCAUCGGAAAGCGGGAGUAACUCUCGGAAACGAGGGUCCAAUAGCAACCAAGGACAGGUCGGUGGAAAUCUUCCGAAUGGCCUUGGGGGCGAACAUGACCAUCGAGACCUCACCAUCCAGGAAUAUUACGAGUCAGAAGAAAUAUUAAAGUUAAGGCAAACCGCUCUUAAAAAGGAAGACACAGACCUACAGCAGGAAAUGGAAAAACUUGAGAGAGAAAGAAAUCUUCAUAUUAGGGAACUCAAGCGAAUUCACAAUGAGGACCAAUCAAGAUUCAACAAUCAUCCAGUUUUAAAUGACCGGUACCUGUUGCUCAUGUUAUUAGGAAAAGGAGGGUUUUCUGAAGUUCAUAAGGCAUUUGAUCUUAAGGAGCAGCGAUACGUAGCGUGCAAAGUCCACCAGUUAAAUAAAGAUUGGAAAGAUGAUAAAAAAGCAAAUUAUAUAAAACAUGCCAUAAGAGAGUACAAUAUCCAGAAGAAGUUAAACCAUCCCCGUAUAGUCAAGCUCUACGACGUGUUUGAAAUUGAUGCCAAUAGCUUCUGUACUGUCCUGGAGUAUUGUGAUGGGCAUGACCUUGACUUCUAUUUAAAACAGCACAAGACCAUACCUGAGAGAGAAGCAAGAUCGGUAAUUAUGCAGGUGGUAUCCGCACUUAAGUACCUGAAUGAGAUCAAACCGCCAAUCAUUCAUUAUGACCUCAAGCCAGGAAACAUCUUGUUGACUGAUGGUAAUAUUCUCGGGGAAGUGAAGAUCACAGAUUUUGGUCUCAGUAAAGUAAUGGACGAGGACAGCUACCAUCCUGACUAUGGAAUGGACCUCACCUCUCAGGGGGCUGGCACAUACUGGUACCUACCACCAGAGUGCUUCAUUGUGGGGAAGACGCCACCCAAGAUAUCUAGUAAAGUAGAUGUGUGGUCUGUGGGUGUAAUAUUCUAUCAGUGCCUAUACGGGAAAAAGCCGUUCGGCCACAACCAAAGUCAGGCUACUAUAUUAGAGGAAAAUACUAUCCUUAAAGCAACAGAUGUACAGUUUCCACCCAAACCAGUGGUCAGCAAUGAAGCCAAGCAAUUCAUUCGGUGUUGUUUGGCAUACCGUAAGGAGGACCGCAAUGAUGUGUUGACGCUGUCUUCCAAUCCUUAUCUUUCACCGCCACUUCCAAAGAGUGGUAGGCAGUCAGCCAAUAGUCAGCAACAAGCAGCAGCGGCAGCGUCUGCUGUAGCGCAGGCAGCAGCUGCCCAACAGCAGGUGGGAUACCAACAACCCUUCACUACUGGUCUUUUGGGCCUUGGCAACAUACACUCUUCCACCAGUUCAUAAUGACACGCCACCCGCAGUAGGGGGCAUGUCCAGCCCCGACACCCCCUACCUAGCUCCACCCUGCAUCACCCAAUCCCCUUCGAUCGUCACCAUCUGCCUGCUGCCGCCCGUUGCCCACGACUGCCACCAGCACCACUAUGGCCAUAUUGACCACAGGGCUUAAGUUUGUCAGCAGUGAUCCAUGAUGCAAUUAGUCAGGUCUCUUCACAGUUGGAAAUUUCAUGUGCCAGUUACCUCAGCUUUUAGUAGCCAUGACAGUAAAUUUAAGAAAUAGAUCUGCAGUAGGAUUUUUAUGGACAAUGAAUAUGUCUUUAAUUUAUAAUUUUUAACAUUUGAAUUGGGUAGUAAUAAUUUGCAAAUUAGGAAGAAAAUAAGUUUUAAUGAAUGUACUGCAUGCAGUAAUUCAUAUUUUUUAUACUAUUUUCCAACACAUUACACAUGAACAAUUGUUAUAUUUAAGAGAGACAAUACCCAUAUGAGGUGUGGCAUUAUGGUGGCUUAGGGCAGGGUGGUGAUGAAGCGGAUUGGGUGCUUGAGGACACUGGGGCAGAGGCUCAACACAGCACUAGAAACUCCUGUGUUCCUACUUGCUGCCACAACCACCUGCUGUUAUUGUGCUUUGCUGUGUACAGAGCAAAAACAGUUGAGGAAGUGGUGCCAGUGUGCAACUGGAAAUAUUCCAUAAUGAUUUUUUUUUUUUAAAUAUACAGAGUUAUAUUCUAUCAAGCCAAAGUUGUGACUAGAUUAUGUCACAGUCAAGAAUAUACGUACCAGUUACUGUAACUAGAAAGGCAACCACGUGUGGUACCCAGUGUGAUGGUGAUAUGUACAUUUUGGAGAGAAUGACUCCAGUGGUAGGAACACAAACAGUGAGUGCAGUGCUCCACUUCUGCAUUGUCGACCAUUGCGGGUGGUUCAGGCCCAGCGGAGGGCAGCAGUCGUGUUGCUUCCACACUAAAGUGGCGACAACGGGUAGAGUGGCAGAAGUGAGCGUUGUGAGCCACCAACCGAUGUGAUGUGAUAUUGUGUAGUCGUGAGUGUGAACUCGGGUUCCGGCCCACAGGUGUUGGUUGUGGGAGACAGCAGCGGCCGGUAGCCAGGUGUGAUAUAUAUAGUACAGUACCACUUUUAUGAAAGUGAGCUAAUACAUUAAUGUGACUUUCAGGAACAGUACGUGUUAAAUUGCAGAUAAAAACUGUUCUCUGGAAGUUGCCUUUUAGCACAGCAGCCAAAUUGUGACCACAGAUAACAUGGGAGAUACGCUAGUUGUCAAAAAUUACCCGAACUCUUUUAAUGAAGUAUCCGUAUCACUAAAUUUGUCGAGGCCUCUGUGGAUUGUUUGUUGAAAAAUGAUAUCAUAAUUAAGACAAUUUUGAAAAGGAAAAUUGUUAGUUACUGAAUCUUCAUAAGUUUGGUGCUACAGAAUUUAAAAUGAAGAAAUUCACAGCUUAUAUUAUUUUCUGACGUGGAAAUAAAAUAUCCAAGAGGGAAUCCAUGAAUUCAUUCCUGUGGAAAUAGGCUAUAUACACAAGCAUUACAUAGCUCCCACCUUCAUUCAUGUACAUUGUUUACUGAUAUUUCUCUUCUGCUACAAGUGCCGUGUAUUUAUGCAGAAUACAGACACCGUUCCCGACGUGGUACGAACGGCAACCCACAUUAAUAGUCUACAGAUCACCACAGCUUAUCUUGAGUAUAUUGUAUGUAUUUUAAUGUCAUUUUUUUAGACAUAUGAGAUAUUACCUAGUUUUGUAUGUGUUGAAUUUUUUAUUUUUAUUUAUUUUUAUUUUUUGGUUGUCCUCCUGAAAGCAUUUUUAGAAUUGAUUUUGUGGUGGUCAGCUAUAAAUUAAAUUGCAAGAGAUUGGAUCAACGCCAACUCCUCCAACAUGUAAUUCGCUAACAUAGUCACACAGAGCUGGGGAGAUAGUGGCGGUGGAUCUUCUAUUGGUGUCCUGUUCUUGACAGUCUGAUGAUGUGAAAAGCAGUAGGACCAAAUCAGGCUCAGUCUUGUUUCAACAUUUUCAUUUUAAAAGUCUGUAGUUUUUUCUUUGUCAUGAAGAUACUAAAUGACUUUUUCCUUUUCUUGAAUUGCUCGAGGCUCAAAUCUUCUAUUCACAGCAUUUUGGAAAUACAAGGUAGUGAGAAAGCAAUGAAGAGUAAGUCAAAGUUCUGCCACUUCAUCCUGAUAUAUUAUGUUCCUAAUUAUGCCUUGAUGAUUCAUCUGGAUGAAUGUGCACUUCACAUUUGAAAGUAUUGAACUGGCCAUUUUAUGCCUGCCCUCAGCAGCCAGAGCUUAUUGUAUUGACACUCAAAGUGUAUGGUACAAGGGACAUGAAAUUCUGAAUUUCUUAUGUGUAAUUGAAAAGUUGGGGAAAGACACUUGUGUUAAGAUUAAAACAUACACACAGUCUAUUAACAGUAUUCUUCACAUUUCAGUGCUUACUGUGCAGUUGGUUCUUAAUUCUUGACAUGGCUGCUUUAAAGCUAGGGCAUAAAAUAAGUGGUUAGAAGAAAACUCAAAAGUUCUCUUGAGGCUAUUCACCUCAGGUAUUAAGGGACAUCCUUCCUUGCUCUGUGGAUCAGAAGAUGGUGCUCCCGAGCCAUAACCCACAACCUUUUUAAUACCAAUUCAGAUUGUCUGUAGGAAGGUACUAAUUUAAAUGUUCUCCCCUUGGUUUCCUCAGCUCACUCCGGUGUAAUUUUUUUCAGUUAAAGAUUAAUACCGCCAUUUGGUCUGUUGCCGGCCAUUGUGAUAGUUAUCGCUCUAUACUUGUAAAAUUCUAUCAUGUUAUGUAAAAUGUAAUGCAUAAAUAAAUCAAUAAAGCAA